AUGGCUGCUACUGACGCCCUUUUUCUUCUUCUUUUUGUCUCUCUACUGUUCUCUUCUUCCUUGGUUCAUGCAGACUUUGGUAUUACUGCAGGAACAGAUGAUGGGUCUGAACAAUGGGGUUAUGUUGAAGUUCGACCUAAGGCCCACAUGUUUUGGUGGCUUUAUAGAAGUCCUAAUAGAAUUGAAGAUCCAUCCAACCCAUGGCCAAUACUUCUAUGGCUCCAAGGAGGUCCCGGCGUUUCUGGAGUUGGGUUUGGAAAUUUCAUAGAAAUAGGACCAUUAGAUGGGAAUUUGAAUCCCCGGAAUUCAACUUGGCUCCUCAAAGCUGAUCUCUUAUUUGUGGAUAGCCCUGUUGGAACUGGUUUUAGUUAUGUGGAAGAUAAGAAUUUGUUGGUUAAAACUGAUGAAGAGGCUGCAGCUGAUCUAACUACAUUGUUGAAGGAAAUCUUCAAUGGAAAUGAGAGCCUCCAAACAAGUCCUCUCUUCAUUUUUGGAGAAUCGUAUGGAGGAAAAUUUGCAGUUACCCUUGGGGUUUUGGCACUUAAAGCAAUUCAAGCAGGAGAACUAAAGCUUCAACUUGGAGGAGUUGCUUUGGGAAACAGUUGGAUUUCUCCUGAAGAUUUCGUGUUUUCAUGGGGACCACUUCUUAAGGACGUGUCGCGGAUUGACAACAAUGGUUUAAACAAAUCAAACAGCUUAGCCCAAGAGAUUCAGCAGCAGCUUGCCGAAGGGAAGUAUGAAGAUGCUACAAACACAUGGGAUGAGCUAGAGGGUGUGAUUUUAAGCAGCAGUAACAAUGUGAACUUCUAUAACUUCAUGUUGGACGAUUUUGGAGCUGAAACUUUCAAAACAGAGAAAGGACUAAUGGCAGAAAGGUAUUCAAAACAUCUUAGCACCAAACUGCUUUCAUCAUCAUUUAAUGGUGUUUCCAGCUUGAUGAAUGGACCUAUUAAAGAGAAGCUAAAGAUUAUUCCCAACAAUGUAUCAUGGGGAGGACAGGAAGACAUUGUUUUUCUAGCCAUGACUGGAGAUUUCAUGAAGCCGAGAAUCAAAGAGGUUGAUGAGCUCUUAGCCAAAGGCAUAAAUGUAACAGUAUACAGUGGACAGCUUGAUCUCAUAUGCGCAACCAAAGGAGCAGAAGCAUGGGUCAACAAACUCGAGUGGGAUGGUUUGAAAAAUUAUUUGAGCUUGGACCGAACUCCUUUGUACUGUGGAAAAGAUGAUACAACUACAAAAGGGUUCGCGAGGUCAUACAAAAACCUGUUCUUCUAUUGGAUUCUUGGAGCUGGCCACUUAGUUCCAGUAGAACAGCCCUGUGUUUCCCUGCAGAUGGCCGGAAGCAUUACUCGAUCACCAAAUAUUUGUAAUAAAUUGUGAAGACAAAGAAGUAUCGCAAGGGACAACCCGGAGACAGUCAUGAAUGAAGUUUAAGUAAAAAAGCCAAUGUUAUGAAAAAUCUCUCAACUUGUAGAUGAUAAAAUGCAAAAUUCCAAAGAAUGAGAAUUUAUAUAUUAA